UGUCUCGCCAGCCGCCAGCUGCAAUUUUAGGUUUCAGGGAAAAUGGAGCCACAUGUAUGGUUGCUUGUCCUCUGCAUAUUGCCUACACUACAGGCGCAAGGCAAUCAAUGUAACGAAUGCUGCAAACUUCCGGAGGACCCGAUGUGUCACGACCCGAGACUCGAGGUCUUCUACGAGUUCCAAGACCAAUGACCGACUGGGUUCGUAAUGACCCCUUGCGGUCGGAAAUUCGCAAGCUACCCAGCGAGCAUUGACCCUCUCAACACCAACGACGGAUGCAACGGCAAGUACGCCGUGGCCGAACUCACCAAGUGUGGAGAGCUCCCUUACCCUAACCGCUGCAUGAACAACCCAUACGGAGGUGUCAUCAACUACUCGACUUGUCCACCAACAACAUAAGGUCUCCGGCAUCACUUCAUCAGCGUCCAAACGAUAGUUUACAUAAAGGAGUUAAAUCUUCUCCUCUGUUUGGACACCGCUCGAGCUCGUGCCAGGGAUUGCAAAGAGAUUCUCUACCAAGCAUCUUCGGGCGGGACCAAGGUCGUUGCGAUCAACGUUUGCAAUAACUGCGUCUCACGAAUUUAUUAUUUUGAUGACAAUAUCGCAAAACCGACGUCGUACAUCAGAGGCCUGGUUGUGGACCCCAAGAAGAACGUAGCGUAUAUUGCCGAUGGAUUGGGAUCUACAAUCAUUGUACUGGACUUGUGCACCGGGAAGUCUCAUAUCGCCUUCGAAGGAGACGAAUCCCUCAUGCCUAAUCCGUAUGUAUUGCCUUUCACUUGGGGUCAGUCGUACUACAACGUGGGGUUCACCACACUCGGGACCAUCGUCGUGGGGCCCCUUGCGUUUGGUGUGUCCAUGUUAUCUCUAUCGCCGGACGGAACGCAGUUGUAUUACUCCAAGCUCAGUGACCCAAUGUUGUACUCCGUGUGUACGAACGCUCUACUGAACAAUCUGCCAUCAUCCGGAGUUGCUAAAACUGUGAGGAAUCAUGGCGCAAAAGGGCAAUCUUUUUCAAUCCUCUGUGACCAGAGGGGCAGAGUUUGGUCCGGCUGUGUGGAAAAUGACGGGAUUACAGUCUUCAACCCUAGCUGCCCAUUCGGGAAGAACUUCAUGUACAUCCGUGAUCCUCGAUUAAAUUGGCCGUUUUCCUUCGUCGAACCGGGAGACGGAGACGAAUCCCUCGUGCCUAAUCCGUAUGUAUUGCCUUUCACUUGGGGUCAGUCGUACUACAACGUGGGGUUCAGCACACCCGGGACCAUCGUCGUGGGGCCCCUUGCGUUUGGUGUGUCCAUGUUAUCUAUAUCGCCGGACGGAACGCAGCUGUAUUAUUCCAAGCUCAGUGAUCCGAUGUUGUACUCCGUGUGUACGAACGCUCUACUGAACAAUCUGCCAUCAUCCGAAGUUGCUAAAACUGUGAGGAAUCAUGGCGCAAAAGGGCAAUCUUUUUCAAUCCUCUGUGACCAGAGGGGCAGAGUUUGGUCCGGCUGUGUGGAAAAUGACGGGAUUACAGUCUUCAACCCUAGCUGCCCACUCGGGAAGAACUUCAUGUACAUCCGUGAUCCUCGAUUAAAUUGGCCGUUUUCCUUCGUCGAACCGGGAGACGGUUAUAUUUAUUUUAUUAUUAACUCGUUGAGUGGCCUGCCGCUAGCGUAUCCAGGAACGGGUCUCCCAUUUGUGGACAGGAGAAAGAAGCCGUACGUGGUGCUCAGAUUUAAGUCGCCUUGUGAAAGCCUCUGUCCGAGUUUUUGCGACCCGGCAACACUGGGAUUACAAAUAUGUUCCUGUGGUUAA